AUGUCUGUUCAGCCGCACCUGCGCAAGCUGCGCAAGCUCAAGCGCGCGAACCCUUCGGCCGAUGAGGACAGCGUUGCCAAGACGCUGUUCGAGCUGGAGGCGACGCACAAGACGCUGCGCACGCAGCUGCCGCGCUUCCACAUCAACACCGUCCGCACGCUGACGAGCCCGCGCUUCAAGAAGACGGCGAUGGUCAUCUUCUACCCCCUUCGGUUCCUGAUGCUGGUGCGCAAGGUCCAGCGCACGCUGACCGCGGAGCUCGAGAAGCGCUUCCCUGGCAGCGUCGUGGUGCUCGUCGCGCAGCGCAAGAUCACGAAGCGCCCCAACAACGUGUACAAGCUGCAGAAGGUGCAGCGCUCCCGCACGAGCGUGGCGGUGUUCGAGAACAUCCUCAACGACCUCAUCUACCCGUGCGACGUGGUGGGCCGCCGCUGGCGUUGCCGCACGGACGGCAGCAAGGUGAUGAAGGUGUUCCUUGACUCGCGUGACCGCAAGCGUGUGGAGUCUCGCCUCCCCAUCAUCGCCCACGUCUACAAGCUGCUGACGCACCGCGCCGUCAACUUCGGCUUCAUGUGGAACCCGAAGCUCCAGCAGGUGUCCUCCCGGUAG